GAUGCUGGAGAGCUCUUCAGUCCUUUUGUUCAUUGUUUUCGUCCUGUUUUUCAUUUUGCUGCUCUUUGUGGUGCUCAUCAGGAAAAAUGCCACUGCUGCCCUUAUCUGGAAUGAAAUAAUCCGGGAGAAAAUAACCAAUUUCAUCAUGAAUCAGAGCAAAGAACAGAGGAUUUUAAAUUUUGUGCUCCAGAAUGCAGUUCGAGGAGACCCCUGUAGUGUGCUGGACACUAUAGAUAAGUACUGCUCCCAAAAAGAGUGGGCCAUGAAUGUGGGCAAUGAGAAAGGUUUAAUUCUAGACAAGACAGUUGAAGAGGUCCAGCCAUCAGUUGCACUGGAGCUGGGAACAUACUGUGGCUACUCUACAGUUAGGAUUGCUCGGCUACUGAAGGCAGGAGCUCAUCUUCUCACUGUGGAGUUCAACCCAAAAUUUGCUGCUAUAGCUAAACAGAUAAUUGAGUUUGCUGGAGUACAAGAUAAGGUAAAACUCCUAGAAGGCCCUUCAGAGGAAAUUAUCCCCCAGCUGAAGAAAAAAUACGAAGUGGAUACUCUGGAUUUUGUCUUCCUGGACCACUGGAAAGAUAGAUAUGCACCAGAUACCAUCCUGCUUCAGGAAUGCAACUUGCUGAGGAAGGGCUCAGUUCUUCUGGCUGACAAUGUCAUCUUCCCAGGAGCUCCAGAAUUCCUUAACUAUAUCCGCAACAACCCCCGUUUCCAAUGCACUAACUACCUAUCUCAUCUGGAAUAUAUGGAAACUGAGGAUGCUAUGGAAAAGGCUGUGUUUUUGGGAUAGAGAGCCAUUAACAGUCAACAUUUGUUUAAAAUUACAUCAGUGCAACUGCACAG